AAUGGCAGUAUUGAAAAGUGUGAGUGAUAUCGGAAGCAGGUGAUAAAGCAAAAGGAGCAAACAAUGGCCGAAUUUUGUUGACUAAGCUGUCUCGAGAAUCCACGUCAGUCACCCACCAAAAGCAAAGCUUGCCACUGCCAGAGCCACCGUCAAAAGCUCAAAUCCCAAAAAACAUAAAAGCCACACGUCAAAUCCAAAUGCAAAAACACAUUCCGAAAAACAACCGAAACACCGAAAUUGCUUUCGAAAAACAAAAAAACACAUACGCCGCCUAAACAUACGCAUUGAAACUCUCGUCUUGCACGGUCAGAGAAAUUAAAUGAAAUUUAUAAAAAAUAAUAAUAAUAAUAAUUAUUGAAAAAAGUUUGUAAUAAUUUGAAAGUUUUAGUGCGGGACUGUACGGAAAUGGCAUCGAUUCAAUCCGACAUGCGUUUUGCGCUUCUUCACAUAGCGGCCGCUUCAUCUUCUUCUUCUUCUUCUUCUUAUUCUUUUUCUUCAUCGUCCUCUAUCAUUCGCUGUCUAAGACCCAACCUUAUCCGCUCACGCGCCGUCGCAUCUGCGCGGCGGGCUUUAACGACGUCGUUUAGGCCCAGAGCUUUCUCACCUGACGGCGACAGCGGCGGCGGAGACGAUUUCGUUAAGGUUGCGGAAAAGCCAGCGAUAUGUACGGCCGACGAGCUUCAUUAUGUGUCAGUCCCGAACUCUGAUUGGAGGCUCGCCCUCUGGCGAUACCAACCGCCCCCAAAGGCGCCUCAGAGGAAUCAUCCUCUGUUGCUGUUGUCUGGAGUGGGGACUAAUGCCAUUGGAUACGAUCUUUCACCUGGGUGCUCAUUUGCUCGUUAUAUGGCUGGCCAAGGAUUUGACACGUGGAUCCUUGAAGUACGAGGAGCUGGACUAAGUGUGCAUGGAUCCAAUUCCAAAGAAAUUGAGCAGACUGCCCAUGCAUUAUCGGAGCAGAUGGAAGCUGCUUCUGAGAUUGUAACCAAUGUAACAUUGUCUUCAGAACGGCAGUUAAAUAAUGUUCCCAACACUAUAGCUUCUGACUUUUCUGAUGUUAGAGGAGGAAAAUCUGAAGUUUCUGUUGUCAAAGGAGACAUAACACAGAUAGCAACAGCAUGGGAUGAAUCGAAACUGGUCGCCAGGUUGACAGAAACUUUCAUGCGAUUGUCGGAGAGACUCUCUGGCUUCCUUAGCGAAGGUCAAUCGAAGAUCAUGUCUGCUAAGUUGCUUGAUCAAAUUUCAAAGCUUUUAGUAGAUUCUCAGCUGUCUGAACGUUUUAAUGAAAUAAGGGAAAGGCUUUCAAGCUUGUUGGAAACAGGGCAAAACUCAGGUAUUACCAACCAAAUUAGGGAUCUGAGUCAAAGGCUUGUAAAUAUCAUUGAAGAUGGUCAACAAUCUGUUUCGCCACAAUUGUUUGACUUGCAAGAGCGCCUUUCUUCAACCAUAGAAGAUUUUCAGAAACAACUUGACUUGAUAGUGAAGUAUGACUGGGAUUUCGAUCAUUACCUGGAAGAGGAUGUUCCUGCUGCGAUGGAAUACAUAAGAGCAGAAAGUAAGUCAAAGGAUGGCAAGUUGCUUGCAAUUGGACACUCUAUGGGUGGAAUCUUGCUUUAUGCAAUGCUAUCACGAUGUGGUUUUGAAGGAAGAGACCCCAGAUUAGCAGCUGUAGCUACCUUGGCGUCAUCACUUGAUUACACUUCUUCAAAGUCAACUCUCAAAUUGCUUUUGCCCCUUGCAGAUCCUGCACAGGCUCUCAGUGUCCCUGUUGUUCCUUUGGGGACGCUAUUGGCAGCAGCUUAUCCUCUUUCAUCCCGUCCUCCAUAUGUCUUGGCGUGGCUUAAUAACCUCAUUUCAGCGGAAGACAUGAUGCAUCCAGAUUUGUUGAAAAAACUUGUAUUGAACAACUUUUGUACCAUACCAGCAAAACUUAUUUUGCAGCUUACAACAGCUUUUAAAGAGGGUGGAUUGUGCAAUAGAAGAGGUGACUUCUUUUACAAGGAUCAUCUACAUAAAACCACUGUACCUAUCUUGGCACUCGCAGGAGACCAGGAUCUAAUAUGCCCACCUGAAGCUGUUGAAGAAACUGUUAAGCUAAUACCAGAGCACUUGGUCACCUACAAAGUAUUUGGAGAAUCUGAAGGUCCACAUUAUGCUCAUUAUGAUUUGGUGGGAGGAAGAUUGGCAGUGGAGCAAGUGUAUCCCUGUAUGGUCCAAUUUCUUAGUCGUCAUGACUCAACAUGAUCAUCAAGACUAUCCAUGAUCUAUCAAAAUGCCUCGGCAGCAAACUUGAUUUUUCCAUCUGAAGUGAAGUAUCUCCAUCUGAUUAACUGUUGAGCCGACUCGAGGCUUACUGAUUUAUGCCUAUGGUCCCAGAUUUUGAAGGGCCCUGCUUUUUCGAAUUUGUAUUUAUAAAUUUUUUUAUAGUAAAUUACAUUAAAUAAUUUUUUAUUAGUAACAAACAAGGUUUAAAUUUCUUAGUUUGUAUUAUAUUUCCUAAUUCUAAAAUUAUUCUCUUUUUUUUU